AAAAUUCUAUACAUAUGGCGAAACUUGUUGACGACGAAUGACACAUGCGAGAAAGAUCGUGUAUUUCUAACGGUGCGGAAAAUUGAUCGAUAACUCGAGCAUGCCACCGUGAAGCUAAUUAGAAGCGUGAUCGCUUUUAAUAUUUCUUCUGAAUCUGUCUGGAUUUUCGAAAAAAUCAUUCUGGGAAGAGAUAACUGGAACUUACACGUCUAUCGUCAUUCCUUUUAAUACACCCGGUAAGAUUGGUGGCUGUGACUUGUCGAAGAUGGUUCGACGUUAUCACGUGCAAGGCUACGAAAACUUCCUCAAGUAUGUCGAAGCCUUGAAGAAAGAGGAGCCAAUUUACAUACUUUAUACCGGCACAAAAUUAGAGAACGGCAAGAGUUGGUGUCCGGAUUGUGUUCAUGCCGAACCAUUUAUUGAGAAAGGUUUUGAGACAGCACUUGAAAAAACACAAUUAGUGAUAGUUGAGGUUGGAGACAGGCCAUUUUGGAAAGAUCAAAACUGCCCAUUCAGAACAAAUCCUGUUACCAAGUUGAAGGUUUUACCAACUCUAUCAAGAUGGGGUACUCAAAAACGUUUAGAAGGUGAUCAGUUGCUGAAACCUGAACUUAUCGACAUGUUACUCACAGACGAAGAUGAUUGAGUGUUCUUAUGUUUCCUUUGUAUAUUCGAGUAUAUACAUAUAUAAUAUAUAUUUGUAGUUUUUAUAAAUAUACACAUGUAGGAGCUAUAUAAUUCA